CGCUGUGAACACGUGAGCGUAGAAGAGUUGAUCACUUCUAUGUAUGCUCCUCAAGUGGUCAAUGAGAGCUACACCCACCAGCACGUUGAUUGCUGUCAGGAUGGAAUGUCAUCUGGUGUGAUUCAGGAGCUAAUAGAACCAGUCAUUCCACUUGAACAAUGCAUAGAUCAGCCAGCGAUCACUGACUUACCUGGUAUAGUAACCCUGCCCGCUGACCAGCCAGUCAACCCAGCUCCAGAUAUCCACCUUCCCCAACACCCUGGCUUCAUCCAGCAACUGCAGCAGCCAGCUGUGAUCUCUCAGCUCAUGGCCGCUGAAGCUCAGGGAGGUGUCUGUCAUGAGAGUGAGAGUGGAAAAAAUCUCUUGACACCCACAGCUUCAGCGUCCAACCUCCAGCAGCUCAACUCAGAGCUGACUCGAAACAUCCUCAACACCAACAGCAUGAUCAUGUUCCAAGGGAACGACAAGGCAUUCAUCCAGAUACCCAGUUCUGUUCUACUCCAGGACCCAUCCUUGUUGUCCUCGUUGGCUUCUGUCAUGGUGGGCAACCUCGCACAAGAGCAUCAUAUCUCCACUUCUAGUGCAGCUUCUUCGGUAGCUGAUGCACACAGCACUCUUCCCCCCACACCUCAGAUCUCCACUAACAACGAGGCAUUGGCAGGUGUUUCAGGUCCUUCUGUUCCUCUUCUGUCACAGACGUUAAUUCCGAACCAACCUGGUUUAGGAACUGAAGCAUCCAUAUUAGUGAGUAAUGGAGUAGGGCUUCCAGCUAACUUUACUCAAGGUCCGCAGUCAGUUCAAACAAUCACCACCAGUACCUUAGCCGACUUGGCAGCCCUCUUAGGGUUAUCAGUGCAGAGAACUUUGAGCAGCCAGCAGAAUUUGGGGGUUACAUACAGAGGUCAAAAUGUUGAUCACAAUGGUAGAGCAUCCUUGUCAUAUUUGACGGACUCACUUGCAACCUCUGCUUCUGAGUCUCUGUCUGUACCCACGGUCUGUGACCAGGGUCAGGCAGCAUCAUCUCCAGCUUCAUCAUCACCACAGACAUCCUCUAAGAUCCAAACUCCUCCAGUGAUUCUCAAGUGCCCUUGUGUUGGUAACCUCCUCAUCGGAUCCUCGCAAGGUCCUAGUACUCUUUCCAUCGGCUCUUUACCAAAGAGGGUACCAGUUCCUGGGGACGGUACGUUAACCUCGGCGAUACAGAAGGGUAUUCCUAUCUCCAUCGUACCAGGCGCUAGUCCCGAAUCCAUUGUGCUCAACCAGGUUUUUGUGCCUAUUUAUAGUAAUACUGACAACGGACCCGUUAUUGAACUUGUGCCUAUUAAACCGAGUUGA